AUAUUUACUAUAAUCCUUGGACUGAUUUAGAUUUUGAUCAAAUUGAUCAAAAACCUAUACCUAAUGUUUUACCUAUAGAAGAAAAUCUACCAACUGAACAAGAAGCAUUACAAUCUAUAUUUACACAACCUGACAAUACUGAAGAUAUAGAUGAUAGCCAAGACCCAUGGGAAAUAGUUGAAGAAACUGUAAUUGCUUCUGGUGAUAUACAGCACUUUUUAUAUCCUAAUUUACCUCUUCCUCUUCAAAACUUAAAUAAAGAUUUCUACAAACUCUGUGAGGCUAAAACUAAGAAAGCUCAGGAUAGACUACUUAAACAAGUUCAGAGAAAAGUUAAACUUUGCCAAAACAUGAAAAUUAAAGGAUUUGUAUUGACAGAAAA